CAGAUCAUGUCCCAAAUAGACAAUACAUUUAUAAAAUUGCGAGCUCGUUUGCGGGAGCGUGAUAUCAAGUUGUGGGAGGAGCCGUACUAUUUCGAUGGCGUGGGCAGUAUCGAAUCGGAGAUGGACCAUCUAGCGAGGGAUUUGAGUGGAGAACUGGGCAUUAGCACAUCCGAUUGCAGAUGUGCUCUGGCCGAAUUGCAAGAUAGUGCGCUGAGGAAAUUGGCUGCUCGCAGGGAGUUUAAUGACACGGGUUUGGCCACUUUCAAUGUGCGUUGUGUGGACAGCAAAUGCGGAACUUCGCAAAUGAUGGAAAUAAAGUGCUCAUUGAGUGGCCUUGGCUCAGAUCUGCAAAAGGAGGUGGCUAAGAAACUGAAUUUGAGUGAUGCCAGUCAUGUAAAGUGCAUUUUCGGUGGACGCAUUAUCAAUGGACUGAGAACUUUGGCCUCGCAGGGUCUGAAAACCAAUCAACAAUUAAUGGUGGUGGUGGGCGGAGAAAACAAGCGACAGGAGUUGCAUGAACGCAUUCAAAGGAUUCGCGCGGAUGUGGAGAUAGUUGCAAAUGCCGAUCAUCGCUUUAUGAAGAUGGAGGACCAGGAUGGACGUCCGAUUUUCCUGCCACCAGAUGAAAACCGAUCUUUGUUAAUGGCUUUGGGUAUGUACGAAAUAGCCAGGGCAGCCAUGCGAAAAGAAAACUACGAUGAGGCUUUACUUUUGCUACUCGAAGCCGAUGAACUUUUUAGCCAAUGUAACUCUAAGUUUUUGGAAGCGGUGGAUAAUUAUGCCUUAAUAAAUCUGGACAUAGUGUGGUGCUAUCUUUGUCUGAAGAAUAUCACCCAAUUACCAGAUGCGCAGCGACGUUUGGAUAUUUGCGAAAGAAGUUUUCGCAAGAGUUAUGGAGAGCAGUUUAAUCGUUUAUAUGCCAUUAGGGGUACAAGUUGCCCCGAAAGAGCUCUGAUUAUGAGGCUACACCUGCUCCAAGGUGUGCUCUUCUUUCACCAAAAUCGAAGAGAUGAGUCAUAUGAAAGAUUGGAGGAGGCAGCCCAAGCCUUGGAUGAAUUAAAAGUCGAUGACAACGCCCUUUUAACUCUAGUGGAAAUGGGUUUUGAGGAAUCGGAUGCCAGAUUGGCCUUAAGAUCCAGUGCGGGUGACGUGGAUAGAGCUUUACAAUUUAUCCAAGCACGCAGGGAGAAAGUCGGUGAAGAACGCAGAAACUCAGCUCCCUUAAGGAAAGUAAAUCAAGAGAUGAGGGAGGCAAAUUCAGGAAGAGAGUGGGUGGAUCCCCGUAGUGUUUUCAGGCUCAUGGAAAUGGGAUACGAAAGAUGUUUGGUGGUAGAAGCUCUGAAGAGGACGAAAAAUAAUCUAGAUCGAAGUGUGGACCUACUGCAGCGCCAUUCAGAUGAACUUAGGGCCAAUCUGCCCGCCGUACCGCCCGUCGAUGAAUCGUUAUUAUCCACACUACUACAACUAGGCUUUCAGGCCCCUUCCGCUCGAGCUGCCUUGGAAACUACCGAAAAUAAUUUCCGAAAAUCCGUGGAAUUUCUAUUGAAAAGUUUUGUCAACGAAGCGGAGUUAUUGGCAGUUGUUGAAGCCAUGACAAAGUUACUGGAAGAUCAUGGUCCAUCGGGCUCAAAUAGAGCUACUACCAAUAGCUCUACCCCUAUCUUAAACUUAUCCGUCAGCAAGUUGAACUUUAUCGAAUCGGCUCUUGGUAUGGCCAAAUCGGAAAUGGAAUCGUACAAUGCCUUCAAAAGAUUCAAUGAAAACCUCUCUGAAAAUAGUUCCAACUAUUUGGAUCUGCCGUUGGUGCAGGAAGAACAAAUUCUCAACGAGUACAGGCGUUUGCUGGAACGAUAGUUUUAAAAAUAUUUUAAAAUCAAAAUAUUAACUGAAACGCUGUCACUAAGAUAUUUUUAAAUAUCUAGACAUUAAAAGCCGUGAGCCGUGUCGCUUAAUCAAAAAGGAUCUAUAAAUACCUU